GAUCCCUCGCCAGACGUGGACAAAGAAAGUUGCAGAAGUGAGCGAGGGAAAGAGCAGCAGUCAAUUGAGCCGGUUGAGGGCCACUCUACAUCUCCCCCAUACCAACUCUCUCUUUGAUUCUGCAUCUCAGGCGGCAGGUGGUAUUGUUCUGACGAAGUCAAAAAGGGAGUUAUAGCUAUGGCGUCAGAUCCGAAGAAGGUUUAUGGGUUCGAGGAGGUUUCUGGGCACAACAAGACCAAAGAUUGCUGGCUUAUUAUCUCCGGCAAGGUCUAUGAUGUGACCCCAUUCAUGGAAGAUCAUCCCGGAGGAGAUGAAGUUUUGUUGUCAGCAACUGGGGAAAGAUGCAACAAACGAUUUUGAGGACGUGGGGCACAGCGAUUCGGCUAGGGAGAUGAUGGACAAGUACUACAUUGGCGAGAUAGAUGCAAACACGGUUCCUACAAAACGCAAGUACGUUCCCCCACAGCAGUCAUACAACCAGGACAAGACCCCAGAGUUUGUGAUCAAGAUAUUGCAGUUUCUGGUUCCCCUCUUGAUUUUGGGGCUGGCCUUUGCUGUCCGUACCUACACCAAGAAGGAAUAAAAGCUGCUGCCGCCGCACCUAAUCUCGUGGAUCCUGAACCCCUACAAUACUCAACAAUGCUACUCAAGAGUACUAGCGUCUCUGCUUUAGCUUUCACUUGCAUUAUGUUUGCCAACAUUUACAUUUACACAGGUGUUUAUUUCACAGUCGGGUUAGUGUCGAUUAUUGUGUUUGCUUGACAGUAAUAUAGCAGUACUUGCUCGGUUCAACUCUUCCUUAUUUCUCUUGGUAAAUGAGGGGUGUUGUGCACCCUUUAGAC